UGGCGUGGCAACUAUAGAACUUUGGCAACUAUUUCUUAUUUGUUGUUACUGCAAGAUCCUCACUUCUUUCAUGAUUUAACUUGCAGUGUGAUUGCUAAUAUGAUUUUGUUUUUGAACGUGCCACUCAUGACAUUAUGUUGAUAGGUGAGGCAUGUGGUUUGGGACAAUCUGAUGUUACGAUUUUUGGAUGCAAUCCAUACAAUUAAUUUGCUGUCCAGAUUGCGUUACAUAUAAACUCGUGGGUCCAACACAAAUUGGAAUAACAAGAACUCAGGUUGCGUUCUGGCUAGCGCAGAGCUCGCAGCAGUACUAAUGCAGCAUACGAUUUCCUUUUCUUUGUAGCAAAUGAUUGUGAUAUUUCUAUACUUAAAGCUGGAGACUGACAUGAAAUGGGGUUAUUCCAUGUCCCCAUGCUCGAGCAGUCAAAAGCAAAAAAAAAAAAAAAAAAAGACCCACAUUGAAACUAGCAGUUCUCCUGACGUCCUUCACGGUUUAAUCCAAACAAUUCCCCUCUCCUUCUCCACUUUGUUAGUUGGGGAUCGUACUACGUCAACACGAAGUAACAGCCGUGGGAAAUGGAAAAGGUAAAAGGCCGAGCGAACAUGGCUACUGUAGCACGAUGCUCCUUGUUCCAUUCCUUGAAUGAGAGAACGAGUUCACGGGCCUUGAGAACAUCUCGUCAUGUUCUGCGCCUCUGUAUCCUUCUAACUUUGUACCAUUCAAACUCACUCUCCUAUCAGGCUUUCAGACACAACCACCAUUACUUGCUUUCUCUUCUUGCACCAUAAUGAGGCAGGAGGAGGGGGAGGAGGGACAAAAUCUCUCAGGAGAGAUAGAGAUGGAGAAGGGGAAGGAGAAGCAGGAGGCAGCCCCUGUCUCUGCAAUGCCGCUCCCAAAGUCCCCGUCCUUCUUAAACCCAGAAGAACCGGGAACAGAGGCUGAUCGCUUCCAGCAAGCUCUACUGGAACUGAAGGACCUGCGCUCUCAACUCCACCAGGCAGCAGAUUACUGCGAGAAUACGUUUCUAAAGACCGGGCAUGGAACAAUAGAGUUGGAGAACACAAAGAGCUACAUUUGUCAUGCAAUCGUAGCUGUGGUCGAUCAUCUGGGCAAUGUUUCCUCCAAGCUUGAGCACCAACUCCAGGGCAAUAUCGAGGUUUUGCAAACAGAGCAAAAGAUUGAUUGCUUAAAACAGAGGCUUCUCACAUGUCAACAAUAUGCUGUAAGUCUCAAGCUCUCUGCCGUGCGAUGGAGUGCCAAGUUGCCACGGCAUCACCAGCAUUAUCUCUCACCAUUGGCUCAGCAUCCUGAAAAGUCGAGUGGUAUCUCCAGAAAUGAGGCUGCUGAUAAAAAGGCAUCUGAAACACCUGGUAAGAAAGAUCAGUUGGCAGUGGCCAUUUGUCCUCCGGUCUCUGUUGCAGGUGAUAGUGUCAAGCUUCCAAAUUUGGGUUCAGGAAUAACAUCCAGCACAGCUAUCCCAGUUCUUGAAGGCCCAUCUAUACUUUCAAAGCCAUCCAAUUCUUCAUUUGGGUCCUACACGGAUGAUGUUCAUCUUCUGCUUGGUGGGGACCAGAAGAAGAAGUCCCUGCAAGGGAUUAAGUUCUUGUCAUUUCUACGGACGAGUGCAAGAAGUCAUAGAAAAGGAUGGUGACAAUAUUUUUAAUCAAAAACAUAGAACUCUAGUUUGCGGACAUAUUCCUUUUUACUGCUUUUACAUAUAGCUAAAACAUGUUUAUGAUAUAUGGUGCAGAAGUUUUGAAGAAUUUGGAUCCAUGUUCGACUCAACAAAAUGAAUGAUUCUAUUUUCUUUUCUAUCGAGGCACCUUUUUUUUGAGAGAGAGAAAGGAAUGGAGACCCACCUGCACUAAUCAUCCAGGUUCAGUUUUUUGGGAUGCAUCAUCCAAGAAUCGAACCCGGAGCUUCUGGAUGCUAAGCAGAGGGGUGCGAGUCUUGCAGCCACUGGGACGAGCCCCAGUUCACUUUCUGCCAAUGCAUGGAUCAAAUACUAAGAAGCAUCUCUGGGACCUGCUAUCCCAUGUUUCUUAUGCCUAAUUCCUGUCCUAAACAAGUGCGAUUCCAGUCUCUGUAAGUGAAUAACUGCCCCAUACCAAUUAGCUUGGAAAGAAACUCUAGCCUAAUGUAAUGUUCCAUCUAUUUUGCUGAAAGUAAUUAAAUUGUCUCAGA